GAUGAAGUCCCGUGGAGCAGAUUCAGAAUCCAGAAAGAAUAGAAGACAAUCGAAAAACAAAGGAUCAUUUUCUUCUAAAGAUAACAUCCCUAAGACCAAAACUUUGCAUAGAAGACUUAAGAGCGAAGAAAGAACUACUUCAGUUUAUCUAAACCCGAACCAAAAUAAGAACAAGAAGAUAGCUCAUGAUAGGUCAGCAUCCAACAGGAUGGGAUUUAAAAAUGAAUUCGAUGAUUAUUCCCAAGUAGCCACUUCUCGGAAAAAUAGAAAAGGUAGUAAAUAAACAGAAACCUGAAGGCACUCUACCUUUUGUUGGAAAUAACUCAUUUGGAGGAUAUACUUCGGGAAUAAAUCCAGUCUUCUCAAUGCUUUCUUCUCUGAAUAAUUCAGCUGUGAUCCUUGGAAACGAACAAUCUUCAACAUUGGAUAAAAGCAUUCAAGGAACUCAUCAGAAACAGAAUAACAGUGUAAUGGGCCCAGGAGGUCUUAAAGGUACUACAUUCUCUGGAAUGAAGACAACAAUGCUCAAUUAUGUCAAAGACCUUGAUUAUAUGAUGCCUAACGAGAGUCAUAAGGCAAGCCUUCAGAUGAAUUCAGACAAGAUGCAUAAUUAUAGUGUGAAUCUACAUAACCAGAAAUCCGCAUCAAAGAAACCCUUGAUUCUAACUACACAAAAGAGUGCCAAAAGAAGAUCUGUUGAUAGGGAUCCUUCUAAAAAUAAGCAUAAGAGAAGCUCAAGUGAUGGCACAAGAAUAGUCAGCUCAAAAAGAAAGAAGAAGGAGCAAACUAAAUCUCCAUCUACUAACUCAGCAUACUACAACAAGAUGAUUGCAGCAUUUGGGAAUGCAGGAAAAUACCCAACCAAAACAAUAAGAAAAGUUGUAAAACAAAAUGGGAAACUUUACAGUCAAGGAGCUGCUAUUCUCUCAAAGAAGAGAGGUAAAGAUAUCGGAAACAAUAAAUUGUCAAAUUAUUAUGAUCAUAACAAUUCUAAAAGUAAUGAUGCAAGACAAAAGAGUACUAAUAUCAGAAGUCUCCCCUUAUCUCUCAUGAAUUCAUUUGAGAAAAGAGGGAAAGAGAAGCAAAUAAUGAAAAAGAAAAAGGAACACUCUGUUCAGAAUUACAAGAAGGUACCGAACCAAGUAUUCUAUCAUAAAGGAAAAGUCAAUGUCUCAGGACAGCAUUUAAAAUUCUCAAAACCUAAAUCAAAAGGCAAUGUCUCUCAGCAUUCUGAGAAUCAAACUCAUCAAUUUAGCAACAGCUUGGCUUUUAGUGGAGGAAAUACCCCGAUUUCUCCUCCAUUCUACCAGGAUAUGAACGCCCAUACCUUAGUGAAAGAUAGAAAGCCAGAUGGUUUACCAUACACACUCUUCCCUCAGAAUUGCCAAGGUAAUGCUGGAAGUGGAAUGAGCUAUGAUAAUAAAGGAAUGAAAUAUCCUUACCCAACUUUUGUGCAAAGGCCAGAAACAAAUGUCAAUGUAUAUGACGAGGAAAUGGCUUUCCUCUCCUCUGGCGAUCAUACUAAGCAAAGUUCAUUCUAUAAAGAUGCUAAUAACAGCUUUACUUCUCAGACUUAUGAUAAUAAGUCUAAAAAAACUAAUAUUAACAGAGAAGCCAUUCAUGGUUACUCUUACUCUAAUGAUCAAGGUUCUAAGAAAAGAGUUAUAAUGGAUAAGAAGACUAAAAUGAGCAAAAUUUCAGAGAUAAUGGGAUAUAAGGAUGCUACUAAAUAAAACAAAAACAAAACAAAAGAGGCAAUCUAAGACUGGGUUUCAAAAUAGCAGAAAGAGCUCUAAAUAUGAAGAUGAACCUCUCAUCCCUGAGAACCCUAAUGCUGGAGAUAAUGUCACAGACUUCAAAAAUAAUAAAGAGGAAUUAAUACAAUUCUUACACGAUAAAGAUCUUAAUCAAAUCUCAGUAGAUCAACCUUCCUUAAAUUUUGUUGAAUUCAAAGAUCACCCUGGAAGAGAUGCACCUAAAGCCAAAAAGAAAUUUGUAACAAAAGGAGGAAAAAGCAAAGUGAUGGAAUACAUAACAGGAGACAAAAAGGCAGAAGAAAAGAAAUAUUUCAGCAAACAGAACUCUCCAAGGUCUAAGAUUCAUAAAGUUAAGCCAAAUAAAGGCCAAUUAAAACCCCAGGAUGAAGAUAACAAAGACUCUAGUGUAAAUAGUGCACAAAUAGUGGAAAUAAUAAAAGCAUCUUUCCUCAAGAAUACCCCUCCUCAGACAAAUGUUGACUUCUACAGAGCUGGGAAGAUCUUAGGAAAAGGUGCCUUUGGGAAAGUGAGCCUUGCUCUACAUAAACUCGCAAAGAAGUUAGUUGCUCUGAAGCUUCUUAAUAAAGAGCUUAUUAAAAGCGAUUCCUCAAAAGAUAAGGUAAUGCAAGAGGUUAAAAUUUUGAAAAGAUUCAGACAUCCCAAUGUAGUGAAAUUAUACGAGACUUUCGAAUCAGACAAGCACAUUGUUGUUGUUAUGGAACUCUGAGCUGGUGGAGAUCUUCUAAACUACGUUAGAAAAAGAAGAAGACUCAAGGAAACAUAUGCCAAGUAUAUCUUCAAACAAAUUAUUGAAGGAAUUGCCCAUGUACACUCUAAAGGAAUUCUUCACAGGGAUAUCAAGCUUGACAACAUCCUUCUGGAUGGAAAAGGAAUAAUUAAAAUUGCUGAUUUUGGGGUUUCAAGGAUUGUGAAAAACAUUGAAGAUAAAAUGACUGAACAGUGAGGAACACCUGCUUAUAUUGCUCCUGAAAUUCUAAGGGACAAUGGCUAUUAUGGGUUCGCUUGUGACCUAUGGAGUGCAGGAGUUGUUCUUUAUGCAAUGCUCUAUGGUACUGUCCCAUUCAAAGCAAACAAUAUGCAAGAUCUUCAUAAGCUGAUUAUGAAAUCAAAAUAUAGUUUGAAGGAUGAUAUUUCCGAAGAGGCUCGGGAUCUCUUAAAAUGACUUCUGGAGAGAGAUCCUACGAAAAGAUUUACAGUUAUGGAUAUCAUGGCUCAUGAAUGGAUGGAAGGGAUAGAAGAAAAUAUGGUUCUCUUCAAUGAUCAAGAGACUCAACUUAUAAGAAACGAGUUCACAUUCAAUAACACAAAAAGAUACAAUAGGAAUACUAAAAAUGCUAACCUAGAGUCAGAUAGAAGCAGAAAUACUGAGAUGACAGAGUUGAUUUCUGAUUGAUUCACUGAGCAGAGGCUAGAUUCUUGAGAAGAUGAACUUCUUAAGAAUGUAAGCACAAAAAGUAUAAUCCUGGCUCCUUUUAACUCAACAAAAACUCAUCUUUCCGAUAAACUACAUGAAAGCGUUGAAGAUAAUAUUUUUGAAAAAUGGAAUGUGCUCAAAUUCGAUGUGAAGUGCAGAGAAUUGGAUAAAGAGUAUGAGAGAAACUUCAAUGACGAAGUUGAUAAUGGGGUUUAUAAUAAAUUUGUCAACAAUUCCAUUAGAAAUGAUGAAGAUGGCGAAAAAGCAAAUGAAGAGUUGAUUUCGCAUCCUUCUACAUUUAUGGAAGCUAGUUCUAAUGAUGACUAUAUUAAGCAACUAAAUAAAGUUUUUGGCAAAGGAAAGAAGGGAGAUAGAAAUAAAGACUUUGGAAAGAUAGAAACAAUGGUGAGCAACUAUAAUUUUAAGAUAAACCAGGAAAUUAUCAAAAGCAUGAAUCAAAGGUAUGAAUAUCCAAUAGAUUAUAUUGUAAAAUGCCUCGAUAGCAAUGAGACAAAUUACUGAACGACUACAUACUAUCUUCUAUUGGUUGAUCAAAAUUAUUAAAUCAAUUUUUAUUCCAACA